CGGGGAUGUUCCUCCGCACUUGGUGACGGACGAAAGUGGGGGCGUCGAGGCGACGCCGGAAUAGCCUCCCGCUUCGACGGGUCAAGUUGAGUUAUGCAAAGAUUGAGCUCGCCCACUUGAGAUACGAUACUCGUUCUGCCUUUUCUCUAAUGCUCUAUAGAUGCGUGUAAAGCUGUACGACUCCAGCCUACACCGGAGCCGUCCCAUCUGCAUUACACGAACCACCUCCAGGCACCAUACCUCGCCCCCCAACGCAAGAGAAAACCGAAGUAAUAACUCUUCCUGGCAAACCCAAAUAACCCGAUUCCCACUUCAUCACUCGAAAUACCAUCCUAGAAACGGAAAGAAGCUACAUCCUCCAUUGAAUACCCAUACCUUACCCUCACCAAACCACCAGCCACACCUUGCCAUCAGCCCGAAAUUCCACUCACCAUCAUUGCCCCAACUCCGCAACACUCAUCCCAUCUUCUUGCAUGAAUCCCGCAGAGCAUGAGCCCCAAAAGACCACAGCCCACCGUCACAGCACCCAAACCGCCACUGUAUAUUUGCCACCUUGGAGCAAACUAUCAUUCCGGUGGCGGCGUUGAAGCUGGGACGAAGAAAGUGGCGGUGCGACUUACCUCUCCCAUAGUGUAUGACACUGCGCAUAUCUCCAGAAAAC